AUGCCCCGCUGUCCCCGCCCGCCUCCCCGCGCGGGGCACAUGCUCGGUGCGUGGCGCCCGCCCGGCCUGUCCCCGGCCCGCCAGCCCCCGGCCAGCACCCCCGGCCCCGCCAGCACUCCCCGGCCCCGCCGGCAUGGCCCCCACAGCCACCUCCGUGCCCCGCGGGCCUUGUCCCCGCGCGGGGCACGGGCAGUGCCGGGACGCGGAGGAACUGCCCGCUCCCGGAGCCCGUCCCUGCCGGGCCGAUCCCCGAGUGCUUUCGCCGAGCCGCGGCCCCGCAGCCGCAUUUCCAGUCCGGCCCGCGUUCAGGGAGCGUCUCCCGGCCCCUCUUCCCCCCUCUGCCCAGGGAAUGUCGUGGACAGCCAGGCGCCCCGGCUCGUGGCCAACCAGCUGCGCUGGGACCUGACGGCCGAGCAGAUCGAGGCCAUGGCCGCAGAGCUCACCGAGAGCACCAAGCUCGUGUACGACCGGGUGGGCAGCCAGGAGAGGGGCGAGGUGUCCUACGAGAACACCCUGAAGGCCCUGGCGGACGUGGAGGUGGAAUACACAGUGCGCCGGAACAUGCUGGAUUUCCCCCAGCACGUGUCCCCCUGCAAGGCCAUCCGCGCCGCCAGCACCGAGGCCGACAAGAAGCUCUCCGAGUUCGACGUGGAGAUGAGCAUGAGGCAGGACGUGUACCAGAGGAUUGUCUGGCUCCAGGAGAAAGCAGAGAGUGCUUCCCUGAAACCCGAGGCAAAGAGGUACCUGGAGAGGCUGAUCAAGCUGGGAAAGAGGAACGGGCUCCAUCUGCCCGAGGAGACACAGGAGAAAAUCAAAGCUAUUAAGAAAAAGCUGAGUGUCCUGUGCAUUGACUUCAACAAGAACCUCAAUGAAGACACCACCUUCCUGCCCUUCUCCAAGGAGGAAUUGGGGGGGCUCCCUGAGGAUUUCCUGAACUCCCUGGAGAAGACAGAGGAUGGAAAGCUGAAGGUCACCUUGAAAUACCCACACUACUUCCCUCUGCUGAAGAAGUGCUACGUGCCCGAGACGAGGAGGAAGGUGGAGGAGAUGUUCAACUCCAGGUGCAAAGAGGAGAACUGCCUGAUCCUGAAGGAGCUGGUGGAUUUACGGGCUCAGAAGGCCAGUCUGCUGGGCUUCAGCACCCACGCGGACUUUGUGCUGGAGAUGAACAUGGCCAAGAGCAGCGCGACGGUGGCCACGUUCCUGGAUGAGCUGGCCCAGAAGCUGAAGCCGCUCGGGGAGAAGGAGCGGGCCGUGAUCCUGGACCUGAAGAAGAAGGAGUGCGAGAAGCGCGGGCUGGAGUUCGACAACCGCAUCAACGCCUGGGACAUGCGCUACUACAUGAACCAGGUGGAGGAGACCAAGUACAGCGUGGACCAGAACCUGCUGAAGGAGUAUUUCCCCAUGCAGGUGGUCACCAAGGGCCUCCUGGCCAUCUACCAGGAGCUGCUGGGGCUCACCUUCCACCUGGAGGAGAAGGCGCCGGUGUGGCACGAGGACGUGCAGCUCUACACGGUGAAGGACACGUCCUCUGGAGAGACCAUCGGCAAGUUCUACCUGGACCUGUACCCACGGGAAGGGAAGUACGGGCACGCCGCCUGCUUUGGCCUGCAGCCCGGCUGCCUCCUGCCCGACUCCAGCCGGCAGAUCUCGGUGGCCGCCAUGGUGGCCAAUUUCACCAAGCCCACGCCGGACGCGCCUUCCCUGCUGCAGCACGACGAGGUGGAGACCUACUUCCACGAGUUUGGGCACGUCAUGCACCAGCUGUGCUCCCAGGCGGAGUUUGCCAUGUUCAGCGGGACGCACGUGGAGAGGGACUUCGUGGAGGCCCCGUCCCAGAUGCUGGAGAACUGGGUGUGGGAGAAGGAGCCGCUGCUGCGCAUGUCCAGGCACUACAAAACGGGCAGCCCCAUCCCGGAUGAGCUGCUGGAGAAGCUCAUUAAAUCCCGGCAGGCAAACACGGGGCUCUUCAACCUGCGCCAGAUCGUCCUGGCCAAGGUGGACCAGGCGCUGCACACCCAGACCAAGGCUGACCCCGUGGAGGUGUUUGCCCAGCUGUGUGAAGAGGUGCUGGGUGUCCCUGCCACCCCAGGGACGAACAUGCCGGCCACCUUCGGCCACCUGGCCGGGGGCUACGACGCGCAGUACUACGGCUACCUCUGGAGCGAGGUGUUCUCCAUGGACAUGUUCCACACCCGCUUCAAGCAGGAGGGCAUCAUGAACUGCAAGGUGGGGAUGGACUACAGGAACUGCAUCCUGCAUCCCGGCGGCUCCGUGGACGCCUCCGACAUGCUGAGGAAGUUCCUGGGCCGGGAGCCCAAGCAGGACGCCUUCCUGGCCAGUAAAGGACUGAAGGUGGAGAGCAGCUCGCUGCCCUCGGGCUGCUGAGGCCCCCUGUGCAGUGCAGCCCCCACCCACGCCCCUGCCCUCACCUGGGACCUGCCACCAAACACCCCCUGGGCCACCCCUGCCUGCAGCUGCCCCUCCAGGGUCCCGCCCUGAGCCCACCCUGGGCUCUGGGCUCUGCAGUGACAGGGAGGUGACCUGCCCUUGUCACCCCCACUGGGGACGGGGCCGUGGGUCACCCACGCCGAUUGGCUGGACUUUGAACCUGAUUCCUGCACGAGGGGGAGUUUCAGCCUCACUGAGAGCCGGGGAAGAGGGGGAGAGGAGUUCCCAAGCUUGGGUCACUGUUUUUAAAUCCCGUCUUUUUAAGAGAGCAGAAUUCCCCCCCUGUUGUUGUUGUUUCCCCUGGGCUUGGUUUGUGCCCCAGGACAGAUGGAACUGUCCUGAGCACCAAACAAGGGCAGCGAGCCCCGCUCUCCCCAUCUUUGGGCAGCUGUUGGCUGUGGAAUAAGGAUGGGGAGAUCCCAGAGCUUAAAACCCAAGGAAGGACAUCCUGCCCUGAACCCCUCGGCCCUUCCUGCCUGGGAGGGGGUGGCUGGUGCUGGUGUUCCCAGGGCAGGGUUUGGGGGGCAUGGCUGGGCCCCCGGUGCUGUCAGGUACCUGGAGGGGGGCUGUACCUUCCCCCAGGCUGUGCUGGGGCUGCCAGGGCCAUUCCAGGGCCAUCCCAGGGCAGCCGGUGCCUGCCACGCUCGGGCUGUGGGGGAGGGUGUUGCUGUUGCUGCCAGGGCGGGACAGGGGAGGGCCGUGUUUAUGACCACAAAAACAAGCCGACAGCUUCAAACAACACGGAUGCCGGGAUAAAAAUACCCCGCGGGCUCCGUGCCAGGCCUGGGGCUGCCGCGGGCAGGGACAGCGGCCUCGGGAUCAGCCAGGCUGUGCCACCUGUCCCCCGGCUGUCCCCGUGUCCCGGAGGACCCUCGGGGUGUGGUGGCACAAGGCCCCGUGCCAGGGCAGGGCCUGGUGGAGCCCUGACCCCGAGGGCAGAGGCCGGGCCGGGGUUUGCUCAGGGAGGAAUCACGUGCCAGCUGGGAGAGGUUUCCAGCCGCUUCCUCGGGAGCUGAGGAGCUCCAAGGAGGGCUGGGCUUUGUGGGGUCCCCCCCUGCCGUGGUUUGAGGGCACGAAUGAGAACCGAGUGCCCAAACUCACACCCGCCACCCCAUCCCCCUGCCUGGGAGCUGCUGUGUCCCCCCCAGCCAGGCUGGCCCCUGUUCCCUCUCCUCUGGCCUUUGUCACCAGAGGGCUCACCCCAAGUGCAGACAAAGUCGUUGCUGUCACCUCCCUCCCCCAGACCCUGCUGGUGACGCCCCCCUCGCUGGUCCCCUCUGGUGCUGACACGUGGGUGAGUCCCUGAACAGGGAAGUGGCUCCUUGGUGCUUUCUGGGGCCACACCGAGCAUCUUGUCCUUGUCCCCUCCCGUGUUUUAGGCUUAGGCGGGUGGUCCCAGCCCCCCCCCCCCGAGGCUGUGGGUGAUUUUAGUGUCAUGUUUUACUGAGCUUUCAGCGUUUUCUUCCAGACUCUUCUCUCAAGAGAGAGAGAACUGAAGCUGAGCAGGGAAACCAUGCACUUUCCUUCCUCCUUCCCAGCCCACAGGUCCCUCUGUCCCCUCUCCAGUGUCCCCACUGCUGGUGGGGCCGGAGGCAGAGCGGGGUGACCUCGUGCCCCUCCUGGUGACCCCCCAGGAGCAGCACCAGGACACGGCUCCUCGGAGCUGCACCUCCCCACCCCACCCCAUCCCAGGCUGGCAGGGAAGAGAGCUCCCUUUUGGGUUUGGAUUUCGUGGUUUUUUUUUUCUUCCUGUUAAGGUUUUUAAGGGCAGGCUGGUGUGUGUGUGCCGUUGGUCCCGGUCACGUCCCCACCCCGCUUGUCUCCAUGACUGGAUUUUAGAUGGUUCCCAGCACUAAUAAAGGUUUUCCUCCGCCGA